ACAACAAACAUAUUUUAUUUUAUUAAAUACUACCUCCGUCCCACUGUCUUUGUCCACUUUUGACUUUUGAAACUGUUCAUCUAAGCACUUUGACUCAUCAAAUUCUCUCAAUGUGUAAGCCUAAAAAUAGUCAUGUGUGAUCUUGUUUGAUUCGUCUUAACAUAUAGAUUAUUAAUAUAUAAUUUUUAUAAUUUUUUAAUAUACAAAUUACAGGAUAAAAUAGAUUAAAGAAGUGCAUUGGAUGGUGUGCUAAAAGUUCAGGAGGACCGGGUCCGGACCGUGAUCGGGGUCUGGCCGUCUGGGGAGUAAUAACUUCUCAUUCCACCGUCUUUAAGAAAAAAACGAAUCCUUAAGAAAACGAAUCCUUCCGCCGUAGAUUUUUGCUUCAAACCAGCGGAAUUCGCCACGAUUUUCAGUUUGCCAUCAAAGUAUGGCCAAGCACCACCCAGAUCUGAUUAUGUGCAGGAAGCAGCCGGGAAUAGCCAUUGGACGCCUUUGUGAGAAAUGUGAUGGAAAGUGUGUGAUCUGUGAUUCCUAUGUGAGGCCUUGCACGCUCGUCCGGGUCUGCGACGAAUGCAACUACGGAUCUUUCCAGGGCAGAUGUGUCAUUUGUGGAGGGCUUGGAAUUUCUGAUGCAUACUACUGCAAAGAAUGUACACAGCAGGAGAAGGAUCGCGACGGCUGCCCCAAAAUAGUCAAUCUUGGGAGUGCAAAGACAGAUCUUUUCUACGAGCGUAAAAAAUAUGGUUUCAAGAAAAGAUGAUUGGGAAAAAAAGGCAAACUUGCAAAAUUGUUUUGUGUUCUACUAUUUGUUUUGAGCAGUGUGUUUUGUGUAAAGACUUAAACUUGGAUGGUUGUUAUGUUAGCCUGUCUACUUGUGCUACUUUGUCAUGCUUUAGUUGAGCUUAACAUACAUAUAUGACAUAUUCUUCCUAAGAGUUAUAAGUGGUUCUUCAUUAGUUUUUGGUGUGUCCCCACGUUCUUAGAUUCUUGGUUAGUCUAGCGAUGAAGUUAAGGUUAUUCGAGUUUUUAAAAAGAAAUAUUUGCACUAAAUAGCAUUAAAAUUU